UUUUUUUUUUUUUUUUUAAUUGAGGAAUCAACAGCCGCCAUCUUGUCGCGGCUCGGUCAGCGGAGAUCUCCGGGCCCUGUGAGGGAGAGCGAGCGGCAGGCAGAGAGCGCGCGCGGCCGGAGAGGCCGGGACACGGAGACACGGGGCCGGGGAUCGUCCCCUCACACAGUCCGAGGAGGCGGCCAGGCAGGCCCGGCAGGCCCGGCUCCGAGCGGUUAGAGCGGCGGCUCAUUGUUUUCCCUCCCGGAGGAGGAGGAGGAGGAAGCGGCGGCCGCACGGUUGGCUGGGCGGAGAGUGUGACCGAGGGCCUCGCUCCAUCGCCGGCCAUUCUCCCCCCCAGCUCCCCCAGCCGGGGGGCGGCAGCCAUGUCCGGGGUCCCCCACCCCGCCUGAGACCCCCCAUCACCCCGGGGUACCCCCAAACCUCCCCUCCCCCCCCACACCCUCCCCGAGUGUCCGGCCAGGGGGGGCGAUCACAGCGCAGCCCGGCUCCCCAGCUCCGAUAUCGGGGGGCUCGGCGGACCCUUAUCGGGGGGCUCCCGGUGUAAUAUUGGGGGUCCUACACCAGGUGGCAGCCUGCACCGGCAGCACGUUCACCGACAUUUAAAGGGGGUCACAGCCUGCACACACACAUUAUACGGGGGGCACACACACUAUUUGGGGGGCGCUUCGAUUUUUUUUAGGAUUUUUGGGGGGUGAAGUGUUUAAUAAUUUUUUGAUUUUUUUAUAUUUUUUUUUACACAUUUGAUUUUUUUUUUUUCUCUAUAGAUUUGUUGAGAAGUCAGUCACUUCUCCACCUUAUUCCUAGAGGGUCCCUGGAUUAGGGGAUCCCCCAAGUUUGAGUUUAAAGAAAGGGGGGGCAGUGAUUCCCAGCUUGGUUUCAUCUCUGUAGCCGGGGGUCUCACUGUUAGUAUUAGUAAGGGUGGUCGUCACUGUAUUGUCACUGAGGGUCCAUUACAUUAGGGGGUCCCCAAGUUUGAGUUGUUGGGGGGUUGUUUCUGUGUUUGCAGUGAUUCCCAGCUUGCUUCCCUCUCAGUAGCCGGGGGUCUCACUAUUUCCAUUAUUAUUAUUAUUAUUAUUAUUAUUAUUGUUAAGGUGGUCUUCACUGUAUUGUCAGAGGGUCCCUGGUCAUUGAUUAGGGGGUCCCCCCAGGUCUCAUUGUAUUAGGGGGCAGUAUCACACCCAGGGUCCCUUCCUUUGUAAGGCCCCCCCUCUCAGCGUUUUUGAGGUUUAGGGGGGCUCUGUCCGCGGGGUCCCCCUGGGAUAGCGAUGCGGGACUCGGGGGGGCAGUGAGGGUUUUUUUUUCUGCUGUUUGUUGUCCCGCGGAAGGAGGAAGGGACUGAGCUCUUGGAGAGAGGUGCUGAGGCUCCGGGCGGCUUGCAGGGCCGGGGUAUCCCUCCUCCCCUCUCACUCACUCGCUGCUCCUCCUCCGGGGAGGGCGCCCAGUCUGCUGCCUUCGGUGACCGAACUCAACCAAGGGGAGAAGAUGGCCGAGAACCUGCUGGACGGGCCGCCCAACCGGAAGAGACCCAAACUCAGCUCGCCUGGCUUCUCGGCCAGCGGUGACAGCACAGAUUUUGGAUCUUUCUUUGACUUGGAGAAUGAUCUGCCAGAUGAAUUAAUCCCUAAUGGAACAGAUUUGAGCCUCCUGGGCACCGGUGGAGGUCUGGGGCACGAUGCAGCUUCCCAAAAUAAGCAGUUGACAGACCUCUUACGUGGUGGAAGUGCAGGCUUGGCUACAGCUAUGGGCAGAGGUAACUCUGGUAGCCCUGUACAACAGAGCAUGGGUGGUCAAGGCCAGCAAAAUAGCCCCGGCCUUGGCAACCUGGGCAGCUUGAACAAGAGUCCGCUCAACCAAGGCUUAUCUGCCAACCAAUCUUCCGGACUGAACAAGCAGGGAGCUGGUCAACCUGGCCAAUCUGUUCCCACCUCCCAAGCACAAAAGCAAGUGGGUAUGGUGGCAGGCAGUCCAGCUGCUCAACAGAACCCUGGGGGCAUCUGUAUGAACUCAAACUUCAACCAAGGGCAUCAAGCAAUGAUGAACAGCAAUUCUGGACAUUCACUAAUGAACCAGGCCCAGUCGACACAGGGUCAGGUCUUGAACGGGUCACUUGGAGCUGGGAGCAGGGGUCGUGGUGGAGGAAUGCAGUACAGCUCACCUGGCAUGCAAGCAAAUCCAGGCAGCGUCCUCGCAGAAACACUGACUCAAGGAACAGCAACGAUGACUGCUCAUAGCGGAAUGGCAAGUGCCCAGGGAGGGCCCUUAAGUAAAAUGGGUCUCCAGGGAAACAGCCCGUUUGGGCAAAACUUUAACCCUGCCACAGGACAGCAAAUCAGAGCCCAAGGAGUAAAUACUCCGCUCUCCACUAAGCCUGGCAUAACAAACAACCUUCCACCUUUCCCUUCUGAUAUGAAAAGCUCACCAGUUGCCAAUGUACCCAACAUGUCUCCAUUGCAGGCUCAAGUCCAGCAAGUUGGCAUUGGUGGGGCACCUUCCAUGGGCACCGGCCCCACAGCUGACCCAGAGAAACGUAAACUCAUCCAGCAACAGCUUGUCCUGCUACUCCACGCUCACAAAUGUCAACGGCGGGAACAGACAAAUGGUGAAAUGCGGGACUGUGCACUACCCCACUGUCGUACUAUGAAAAACGUGCUGAAUCACAUGACUCACUGCCAAGCCGGGAAGGCCUGUCAAGUUGCACACUGUGCAUCCUCGCGACAAAUCAUCUCGCACUGGAAGAACUGCACGCGGCAUGACUGUCCUGUGUGUUUACCCCUGAAAAAUGCAAGUGACAAGAGGAACCAGCAGCCUCUCUUGGGCUCACCUUCUAGUGGCGUCCAGAAUCAAAUUGGAGCAGUUGGAGGCAACCAGCAGACCACGCCUACUCUGAGCAGCCCCAACCCCAUUGAUCCUAGUUCCAUGCAGAGGGCUUAUGCUGCUCUGGGGCUUCCUUAUGGUAAUCAGUCUCAGGGCCCUGGACAACAGCAGACACAGACUCAGGUUCACCAGCAGAUUCGCAACAUCAAUGCACUAGGUGGCAAUCAGAUAAACCUGUCAGCUGGAGGAAUGGCUACAGAACAGCAAGCAAAUCUGAUCUCUGAAGCUGCACUUCCCACGUCCCUGGCAAACUCAAAUCCAUUGCUCAAUGAUGGAAACAGUCCUGGCUCUGUGGGCAACCUUGGCACUAUGCCAACUGCAGCACCUCCCUCUACAACAGGCGUGAGGAAAGCCUGGCAUGAGCAUGUGACUCAGGAUCUCCGCAAUCACCUUGUCCACAAGCUAGUCCAAGCAAUCUUUCCCACUCCUGACCCUGCAGCCUUGAAGGAUCGGCGGAUGGAAAACUUAGUGGCUUAUGCAAGAAAAGUUGAGGGAGAUAUGUAUGAGUCAGCCAACAGCAGAGAUGAAUAUUACCACUUGCUGGCUGAGAAAAUCUACAAAAUCCAAAAGGAGUUGGAAGAGAAGAGAAGGUCCCGCUUGCAAAAGCAAGGGAUUUUGGGUAACCAGUCAGCCUUACAAACUCCUGGAGCACAGCCCCCAACACUUCCACAGGCAGCUGCUGCAUUGGGUCAAGCACAGCCUGUUCGACCAGCCAAUGGUCCCCUUCCAAUCUCUUCUGUGCCUAAUAUGAAUCGAAUGCAGGUGACAUCAGGUGGCGGAGUAUUAAUUAGAGAUCAGCAAAUUGCUAACGAGCAUGCAUUUCUCUCUUCUCCAUUCUGCGGUGGGUCUCCAGGAAUGAAUCAGUAUAUUGGGAAUGUACAGAUGACUCCAGCUCCGCUGGGACCCCGUGCAGCAUCUCCACUCAACCACCCCGCGCCAAUGAACAACAUGGGCUCUGUGCCUGCUAUGGCAAUGUCUCCUUCUCGCAUGUCACAGCCACAGGGAAUGAUGGGAGCACAUGCUAAUAAUUUAAUGGGUCCAGCACAGACACAGAACCAGUUCAUGCAGCAGAACCAAUUCCCCCAAAAUACUGGUGCAAUAGGGGUGUCUCUGGGACAGACAGGAGCAGCAGCAGCUGCAGUGUCACAGCAGGGACAGGCACCUACUGCAUCUCUCCCAAUGAGCAACUCCAUGAACAUGAUGGGCCAGCAGAGCAAUCAGCUUCCCCGCCCUGCUCUCUCCCAGUCUCCCCUCCAUCAGACACCACCAUCUGUUACUGCUUCACCUACUGUCAUGCCACCUAUCCAGCACCCACCACCAACAGGCAUGACCCCAUCACAGCCUGCAGCUCCUACUCAGCCAUCCACUCCUCUGCCCCCUGCUGCACAGACACCAGCUCCAACGCCAGGCUCUGUCCCCAGUGCCAUGCAGUCACAGAGCACCCCAACGGUUCAGGCAGCGGCUCAAUCUCAGCUCACUCCUCAGCCACCUACUCCUGUGCCCCCACCGUCUGUGCCUACGCCGCAGCCUGCUCCGCUACAGCCAACAUCUGUGCAUGCCCCAGCUCCUGGCACUCCAUUAUCCCAGGCAGCUGCAAGUGUGGACAACCAUGUGCCCACACCAGCCUCUGUAGCGAGCACAGACAACCAGCCUCCUGCUGAUCAUCCUAUGAUGGAGAUUAAAAGUGAGGUGAAAACGGAGGAGCCUGAACCUAAUGAGAAUCCAGUGGAACCUAAAACAGAGCCGGUGGAAGAGGAGCAGGCCCCUCAAGUGAAGGAAGCUCCUAGUGAGGGCCAGGAAGUGAAGACUGAGCCAAUGGAGGUGGAGGAAAAGAAGCCAGAAGUCAAAGUAGAGACUAAAGAAGAAGAUGACAGUAGCGGCAGCAACACUAAUUCUCAAUCCACGUCUCCAUCCCAGCCUCGGAAGAAAAUUUUUAAGCCUGAAGAAUUGCGCCAGGCUCUGAUGCCCACCCUUGAAGCUUUGUAUCGGCAGGAUCCAGAAUCGUUGCCAUUCCGGCAACCAGUUGAUCCUCAGCUACUUGGAAUUCCAGACUACUUUGAUAUAGUAAAGAACCCAAUGGACUUGUCUACCAUCAAGCGGAAGCUGGACACUGGGCAGUACCAAGAACCAUGGCAGUAUGUGGAUGAUGUGUGGCUAAUGUUUAACAAUGCUUGGCUAUACAACCGUAAGACGUCGCGGGUGUACAAAUACUGUACUAAGCUUGCUGAGGUCUUUGAACAGGAGAUUGAUCCCGUCAUGCAAUCUUUGGGAUACUGCUGUGGGCGCAAGUUUGAGUUCUCCCCGCAGACUUUGUGCUGUUAUGGAAAGCAGCUGUGCACAAUCCCUCGUGAUGCAGCCUAUUACAGCUAUCAGAACAGGUAUCAUUUCUGUGAAAAAUGCUUCACAGAAAUUCAGGGGGAGAAUGUGACACUUGGAGACGAUCCUUCCCAGCCACAAACACUGGUGGACGAGAAAAAUGGGAGGAGAUGCUUUCAGCUGAACAAAAUGACCAUUUCCAAGGAUCAGUUUGAGAAGAAGAAAAAUGAUAUGCUAGACCCUGAGCCAUUUGUGGAUUGCAAGGAAUGUGGGCGAAAAAUGCACCAGAUUUGUGUUCUGCAUUAUGACAUAAUUUGGCCAUCAGGAUUUGUCUGUGAUAACUGCUUGAAGAAGACUGGCAGAACGCGUAAAGAAAACAAAUUUUGCGCAAAAAGUAAAUUAGGGCUACAGAGCACCCGAUUAGGAAACCAUCUUGAGGAUCGUGUAAAUAAGUUCCUGCGACGGCAGAAUCAUCCAGAAGCCGGUGAAGUUUCGGUCAGAGUGGUGGCAAGUUCUGAUAAGAUAGUUGAAGUUAAACCUGGAAUGAAAUCUAGGUUUGUAGACACAGGUGAGAUGCCAGAAUCCUUCCCAUACCGUACCAAAGCUCUCUUCGCCUUUGAGGAAAUAGAUGGGGUGGAUGUAUGCUUUUUCGGUAUGCACGUUCAGGAAUAUGGUUCUGAAUGUCCGCUUCCCAAUACCAGACGUGUAUACAUCUCUUACCUGGAUAGUAUUCACUUCUUCCGGCCCCGAAGCCUACGUACUGCCGUCUACCAUGAGAUCCUCAUUGGAUAUUUGGAAUAUGUCAAGAAACUUGGCUAUGUCACAGGACACAUCUGGGCCUGUCCGCCAAGUGAAGGGGACGACUAUAUCUUCCACUGCCACCCUCCCGACCAAAAGAUUCCAAAGCCGAAGCGCCUGCAGGAAUGGUACAAGAAGAUGCUGGACAAAGCUUUUGCGGAGAGGAUUAUACACGAUUACAAGGAUGUAUUUAAGCAGGCGACAGAGGACCGUCUGACCAGUGCCAAGGAGCUUCCAUAUUUUGAAGGUGAUUUCUGGCCGAAUGUGCUAGAGGAGAGCAUCAAAGAAUUGGAGCAGGAAGAGGAGGAGCGGAAAAAAGAGGAAAGCACUGCAGCUUGUGAAACACCAGAGGGCUGCCCGGGAGACAGCAAAAAUGCCAAGAAGAAGAAUAAUAAGAAGACCAACAAAAAUAAGAGCAGCAUGAGCCGGGCUAACAAGAAGAAAACCAGCAUGCCCAAUGUGUGCAACGAUCUGAGCCAGAAGCUGUAUGCUACUAUGGAGAAGCAUAAGGAGGUGUUUUUCGUGAUCCACCUCUACGCUGGGCCUGUGAUCAAUUCCCUUCCACCUAUUGUGGAUCCUGACCCCCUUCUGAGCUGUGAUCUGAUGGAUGGUCGGGAUGCUUUCCUGACAUUGGCUCGUGAUAAACACUGGGAGUUCUCCUCAUUGCGACGUUCUAAGUGGUCUACUCUCUGCAUGUUGGUGGAGCUGCACACACAAGGCCAGGAUCGCUUUGUCUAUACCUGUAACGAAUGCAAACACCAUGUGGAGACACGUUGGCACUGCACAGUGUGUGAGGAUUAUGAUCUUUGUGUGAGCUGCUACAAUACAAAGAACCAUGAGCACAAGAUGGUUAAAUGGGGUCUCGGUUUGGACGACGAGAGCAACAGCCAGGGCGAAUCGCAGUCCAAGAGUCCACAGGAGUCGCGUCGACUGAGCAUCCAGCGCUGCAUCCAGUCUUUGGUGCAUGCCUGUCAGUGUCGCAACGCCAACUGCUCACUGCCCUCAUGCCAGAAGAUGAAGAGGGUUGUGCAGCACACAAAAGGCUGCAAACGCAAAACCAAUGGUGGUUGCCCUGUCUGCAAGCAGCUAAUUGCCCUAUGCUGCUACCAUGCAAAGCACUGCCAGGAGAACAAAUGUCCAGUGCCCUUCUGUCUAAACAUAAAACAAAAAUUACGGCAGCAACAGAUUCAACACCGGUUGCAGCAAGCUCAGCUCAUGAGGCGGCGUAUGGCCACUAUGAACACUCGAACCGUUCCACAGCAGUCUCUACCUUCCCCUACCUCAGCAACCCCUGGGACACCCACCCAGCAGCCUAGCACGCCGCAGACACCCCAACCUGCUCCACAACCUUCCCCAGUAAAUAUUGCAUCACCAGGUUUCCCAACUGUACCUAGGACUCAGGCCCCCAACGUGACCUCACAAGGAAAGCCAGCAAACCCGGUGCCUGUGGUGCCACCUUCUCAGCCCACUGUUCAGCCCCCACCAGCAGCUGUUGCAGCUGCCCGUCAAAUAGAAUUGGAGGCUCAGCAACAACAGCAGCUAUACAGAGUCAACAGCAUUGGAGAUGGCAUGACAAAUGUGCGUCCUGGCAUGGCUAACCCGGCUGUGGGUCCUGUAACCCCUAUACAACAAGUUCCUAUGAAUGUGCCACGUCCUGGCCCCAUUGCCCCUCAACUCAUGGCUGGAAUGCAACCAGGUCAGUGGCCAACAGCCCAACUGACCCAGCAACCUUCCAUGCAGCAGAACAUCCAGAGGCCAGUGAUGCCUAUGGCUUCCCAACAGGCAGUUCAAGGACCUCGUCUGCAAGUUCCUCCGCAGCAGGCUCGCAACAUAUCACCCAAUGCCUUGCAAGACUUACUGCGUACUCUUAAGUCACCCAGCUCCCCUCAGCAGCAGCAGCAAGUUCUCAACAUCCUGAAAUCCAACCCUCAGCUGAUGGCAGCUUUUAUCAAGCAAAGAACUGCAAAGUAUGUGAACAGCCAGCCUGGAAUGCAGCAACCGCAACCGCCUCAGCAGGCACCGCAACCUGGAAUGCAUUCACAACCUGGUCUGCAGAACAUGAAUCCUAUGCAGGUUGUGCAGAGGCCCAAUGUUCCUCAGCAGCAGCCUGGAAUGAACCCCCAGAACCAGGGCAUAAGCCUGAUGAACCCAGGUCAUCCUAGUUUGGCGAAUCAACAGUAUCGGGAAAUGAUACGCCGACAGAUGCUUCAGCAGCAGCAGCAGCAGCAACAACAACAACAACAACAACAAAAUGCAGCAGGAAUGGCAGGUGGGAUGCCAGGGCAUGGCCAGUUCCAGCAACCACAAGGAGGCUAUCCUCAGUCACAAGCUUUGCAACAGCAGCGCAUGCAGCAGCAGCAUCUUUCCAUCCAGAGUGGAGGAAUGGGACAGAUCCCACAGAUGUCACAGCCUGGUUUAGGCACAGAAGGAGCACCACCAAGCCUCCAGCAGGCGCUACAGCAGCGUCUUCAACAGCAGCUCAAACAGCAAAUUGCAUCUUCUGGGCAGCCUAAUCCCAUGAGUCCUCAGCAACACCUAUUGACGGGCCAGCCACCUUCCAGUCACCUUCCCCCGGGCCAGCAAAUUGCAACCUCCCUCAGCAAUCAGGUGCGCUCGCCCGCCCCCGUCCAGUCACCUCGUCCCCAGUCUCAGCCUCCACAUUCCAGCCCUUCUCCCCGCAUACAGCCACAACCCUCUCCGCACCAUGUCUCACCCCAGACUGGAUCUCCUCACCCAGGCCUGGCAGGCUCCAUGGGUACAUCCCUCGAUCAGGGUCACCUGGGAAACCCUGAGCAGAGCGCCAUGCUUCCUCAGCUCAACCCCCCCAACCGUGGCGCUUUAACAAACGACUUGUCCCUUGUUGGAGAUACUUCAGGGGAUACCUUGGAAAAAUUUGUUGAGGGGUUGUAGCAUCUGCAAAAUAGCAGUGAACUGGAGGACUGCACUGGUGGAGGGCUGAGGUUUCUGUAACCCUUCCAUAGCUCUCCUUUUUUGUUAUAUAUAAAUAUAAAUAUAUAAAUAUCUAUCUCCCUGUUCGCACCCCCUCAAUGGACCUUAUUUUAAAAGAAAACAAAAUGCUUCUCAUUGCUGGUCUGCCCAUUUGGACAUGGUGCCUCAGUCUGGACUGAGGUUGCAGCCCCCCUUGCCCGACUCCAUUUAAACCGUAUGCUGCCAGAGAGGUUGGCUGAGCGUUGCUGAGCACCGCCUUCACCUUUCUAUAGCAAUGUCAGUGGCUGCUUUGACUUUGAACACAACCAGUAAGCGUUGUGUUUUGGGGGGAUUUUUUAGCUGACCAGACAGCCAAAUUACAGACACCCCACUCGCCUCUUGUGGCCCACUAUGAACUUUCACUUCUUUAUGGCCUAAUGUGGUGCGGUAGGUCGGCAGCAUAAAGUGGUUAACUGCUCCUCUCCUGUCCUCACACUGUGGGUAAAAUUGGCCCCUUGUCUGUCAGAUUUUGGGCAAAAACGCCUCUGACAGACAAGCGGCAAGGUCUGAUUACGCUAAUAUAUGUGUAAUUUGUUUUCUUUCAUUUUAGUGGACUGUCUUUUUGGGUAUAUUUUCCCCCCCCUGCAGCUACAGAGCCUAAAACAAAUUGGGAGAGAGGGGUGGGCAGGGGGGUUGUCUCUUACCACUUGUAACUACACCGAUCACAUCACAAGGAGGAGGAUGCUUUCCAUGGGACACUUGUAAAAGAGUGCUGUAAAGAAAAUGAUUUGUUAUACUUGUGGUUUAUUUUUAUUUUAUUUUUUAUUUUUUUUGAAUCCCUUUAACCCCAGACUACAGAAUGCUCUUUCACCAUAUCUUCCCUGCUGAAGAUUCCCUUUGCAUACUGCAUACACAGUCUUCUGAAACGAGCCAGAGGGAAAAUCGUGAAAUCAGAUUUCAGUAUCCCACCAAAAUUUUUUUUUUUUUUAAAUCUUUAUUACUUUUUAUUUUCAUUUUUUUUCGUAUGGCUGGGGCAUGAAAUUGAAAACCGCUCCUGCAAACUGUUUGGGAUGGUGUAUUUAAAAAAAAAAAAAGGCAAAAGGAGAUGAGAAAAUUUAAAUAAUACAAGCAAUCAAAGUGUAAAUCAUGCAAGUUCUACCAGUAUAAAUAACAAGAGCAGGGGAAGAGACUGAAUCAUUGUACAGUAUGGUAGAGGAUGCGUGACAAAACUCUGGAGCAUUUCUUAACCUAUAUGACAUUGUUAACUCUUCCUUUGUCAGAGGGGCCAAGGGAAAAGUUUUGACCCCCUGCCAGAGGAGGAGUGAAAAUACUGUCUGACAGCAGCUAUUUUCUUGCUGAGUAAAGUGUACAUGGUAUUAAAA